UGCGAAUCCUGGGAGCCUGUCGCGACCACCCUCAACCAGAACGGAAUCCCGACCAUCGCCGUGUGCGCCAUCUCCAAUUGGGAGCCAACGGCAUCUGCGAGCUACGUCGCCAACGUGGCACCUUGCACGUCAAGCGACCAUACGAAUUGCCAUUCGGAAUAGCAAAGCCAAGCCUCCCUCGUGGGAGCAACAGCAGCCAAGAUGGGAGACCCGAGCCACAACAUCAACGAGAAGAUGCUUCAGCAUCUGCAUCUCAUCAGCACCUACAGAUAUGCCGCCAUGGCUGAUGUUGGCCUCCCUGACGCUUCCAAGUGGCUGAUGAAUGCUCCCAAGAUCGCCCGCGACACCGCACCCUUCUUUUGGACAUACCUCGACGCCCCUGCCGAUGGUACCAUAAUGCUCACGUGGCAGCCUCUGCAGCGCCUGGAUACAAACUUCGCGACUGAUGGAUAUAUAUGGCCAUACCCCGAGACAUAUUAUCAGCAGGACCUAGGUAACGGCUCGGUCCUAGAGAUGUUUUAUCAGAGGUCUGGCUACCGCCAAGGAGAACAGUUCACCCAGCACUCCAGGAAACGCUUCCGCCUGGUUCCCAAGCAACCCCAGAUCCCCGGCGCCCCCCAGGUCGACCCCAGCCUCUGGAUCGUGCACUACGGACCCAACGCGGCCCCAGAUCGAUUACCGAUCAAUAUGGUACCCAUGGAUCCUCGCACGCACAACUUGAUACAGGCUCGCAUACAACUACAGAGGGGCGGCCAGAUUGCUCGCAAGGAGUUCAUGCUUGCCGAUCGGCUCAACUGGCCGACCAUAAACCCUCCGCGGGAGGGCAGAGGUCACCCAAUGAUGGCCCAGCAAGCUCAUCCACGCACCAUCCCGCAACAGAUGGCCUACCCUCCCCAGCCGCCCGUGCCAAACAAGCGCGCGAGGACAAGCGCCCACCAGAAUCAGCAGAUGAUGAGUGCUGCCCCCUUCAUACCUUAUGAUGACGAGGACGACACCCACCAGGGCGACGUAUUCGAUCACAUGAGUCCCCGCGAUGUCAGCAUGGCCAGGUACACGCGCAAUCACGAGUGGAUGGAAGAGGUACUGGGCUCUGCAUACCGGAUAGGCCAAAUCACACCAGCAGAUCUUGGCCUCGGGCUGCAGGGAGAGCUGGCGUCUUUGACGCAAGGAAUCUACGAGGCCUCAGGUGUCGAUGCGCACAAGAAGCCACCGAAGAAUCCAGUGGUCGGCCACCUCGACCCGAAGCUGGCUGGCGAAUUCCGCGACAGGGUGUCGCAGAAAAUCGAGGAUGACAAGGCCGAGAUGGCGCGGCUUAAGGAGCAGCAUGAGAAAAUGAUGGACAAGUUCAAGUCGAACUCGAUCCUUAACCGAUCCGAGAAGGAAUUGCGUGUCGCCGUCGACGAGACAGGUCCUGAAUUCUGGCGGCUUGAAGGAAGAGAGGAAGACGAAGGAGAGGGCAUCACCCAUUGGAAUGGGAAUGAACACAGAAAGGUCAGCGAUAUCGUUGCGGAUGUCGAGUCGGCUCUGGGCCGCCACAUUGCCGUUGUCAGCGAUGUCAAACGUAUCCAAGACGGCGGAUACCAAGAGCCAGCGCCUGAGCCCGAGAACCUGCCAAUGCCUCCAGCUGCAUCACUCCCGAACGCGAACGGUGCCGCGUCAGGCCAGCUAUCCCGGAAAGGCUCACAGGCAGGCUCACAAGCCAGUGGACUCAUGGCCGGCGAUUCGGAUAUUGACAUGGGCGGAACCGCUGCCGGUCUGCUGGACCAGAUUCAGGGUGAACCGUCGUCUACCUCUACGCCCCAGCCUCAAACAUCUGCCAUCGCGUCAGAUGCAGCGAUACCAGGCAAUGCUGUGGCCGCACAGGCCACGUCUGAGCAGGCUCCGGGCAAUGCGUCUGAAGAUGUCACAAUGGAGGACUCGGAGCAACCGAGGGAUGUGAACACAGCUCCCGACCAAGGGACUGGCAGCGGUGACUGGGUCGUCGUGCCAAAGGGUGGUGAGUCACCAAAUGCUCCUGCUGGUGCCGCGCCUGCAACGGAGUCUGCCCCAGUACCGACGGAGAACACGGACGUCAAUAAAUCUGUUGACAAUGAUGACUUUCUCAACUCGGCUGGGGAAGCACUUGAUCAGUCAGCUGCCGAUGACACUCCCGGGGACUUCGGUGACAUAGGCAUGGAAGACUCGGCUUUUGGGGAGGCCAUGUACGGCGCCGAAGUUUCACGGGACUCGGCCUCGAACACGCCUGCAGACGGCGGUGUAUAGGCCCAGCUGGUCAUCUGUACAGGGAAUGCAUGGGGCUGGCUUGGGUGGCAGAACAUCCGACCACAGAGCGAGACGGGAUUGGGUAUGGUUAAGGACACGGGGCUGAUUGCCACUGUGUUCUUCUUUCGGUGCUAGACAAAACUUCUGCAGGCACGAGAGGCUUAUUUUAUAGUCUACAUCCGUUUCGGGCUCCCGCGAUUGAUGGUUGGAGAAAGUAUGUAGUAUGUAUGCGAAUGCAAUUUCAACCUUGAGGGUGGAGUUUUGGCAACAACUUGUCGAGACUGACAGCCAAAUACUUUGUUCAAAUGUUC